AAGGGCCGCACCGCCACCCACGGAUCCCCCACUCGCUCCUCGUCGCACGCGCGCGCAUGAGCCGACGCUCUCUGUAUAAAACGGCCACUGUGCACAAGUCAAAUCGCCCAGGAGGAGAAGCCAAGCAAAGAACGAAGCACAACACAUCUGUCUGUCUUCCUUCAUUCACACGCGCGUGCGCGCAAGAGGGGGAGAGAGGGGAUUCCUGGUUCGGUGGCGCUCGGCGAUGUGAUGGCGCAGCCGCGGCAGCAGCAACGACAAGGUCGCCUCGUCGCGGCGCUCCUGGUGCUCCUCUCCCUCUGCUGCCUUGCUCGCCUCGGCGCCGCGGCUUCUGCAGCGAGUGCUGACCCUCACCGGAAGGAUGGAGCGGCGACUGCGCUGGACAAGGCCGCGCCACAGGAGGAGGAGGCAGUGCCCGGGUUCACGGUGACCACCGUGGAGGAGCGAGCGCGAGGCCGAGGACCGGUGAGGGUGGUGAUGGAGGUCGACAUCGAGGACUAUCCCCGGUAUGGCGCCAAUGGCCGGCACAACCCGGAGGGUCCGCACCCGUGACAGCGGCCACCACGGCCGCCGCGCCCGCGAGAUCAAUGCGCGCCGGCCUAGCUAGCCAGCUGCUCGUCACCAGAUCUGCUACUAGUUACAGCUAGAUUGGUUCGCGCGCACGCGACCAUCGCCACCACCCGUGCCUGCGCGCACGGCGAGCUGUCGACGCGGCCGCGUGCCGCGCCGUUGGCCCGUGGCUUCGCUUUUCGCUUUCCGACGUUGAUUAUUUGUCUUCCGCUACUGCUUCGCUUUCUUUGCUUUCGCUCUUUCGGCCACCGGCUGCUGGACCUGAACAUUGUGAGUUGUGACGGCAAGCCGUAUGGUACCUGUGUUCGUCCUUGUUUUUCGCCUGUUUAUGGCUAGUUCUUUCCCCGCAGGAUUCUGCAGAAUCAAGAUUCUAAAAAGUUCUUUCACAA